AUGGGUACCCCAGCAGCGGAGGGUUGCAGGGAGAGUAAUACACACAACGAGCCAGGCGGUAGCGGAUGCAGCACUCAUAAUCCUAGUCGUUUGUUGUCUGAAUUAAUUUCGUCUGGCCCUCUAGGAAAGAAGGAUGCAUCGAGAGCAGCCGUUCGCUCACCGCUAUGCACCACCUCUUCGCGUUCGCAGCCCAUCUCACCAUCUUCUAUGCCCUGGGGCUGGCGGCAGGCGGGGCCCCCAUCAGAGGCCCCCGCUGCAUCCGAAGAUAAGCUCAGUGGGGAGGGGCAAGCUAGUGAGGACUCAGCUCUGGCGUGCAGAAGCCGGUGGCUUCGCUGUGCUUCCUCGAAGCCAGUUGAUGGCAACGCUGUCACCCCGACAGCUGCAGCGUCUGUCCUGCCACACGUGACCCCAGAUGACUCGUCGCCGGGAGGGGGCCCCCCCUGUUGCUCCCCGUGUGCCUUCUCCUCCGACUCUUUCGAGUGGGAGGAGUGGCGGGGGGAUUGGCCGUUGAUGCACCACGCCAUAGCGGGCAGCUUCGCGGGUGUCAUGGAGCACUUGGCGAUGUACCCAGUCGAUACGCUGAAGACUCGCAUGCAGGCGUUCAGAGGGCCGCCCAGGCCUUCCUCGCACCGUCUUCACGCAGCAGCCGCCUCAGGCAGUGCCCAGGCAGGCCCCUACGACGGCCGUUACAGCGGCAGCCGCCGAUGCUCAGGAGGGCUCAACGAAAGCGUUGGCGCACAGCCUGCAGCCUCGGAUGCGGCGAAGGCAAGGGUGCGGAUGGAGCGGUACCCUGGAGUCUCUUCAUGGGAAGUCGCCGCGGCUUCUUCGUCUGGAGGCUGCGGCUUCCGGAGUUCUUCGCGAGCGUCUGCCGGCUCCCUCUCUGAGAGGGCUGCUGGGGUAGCGCUUCGCGGGGGGGUUCCGCGCCCUUCUGGGGGAGUUGUGGCAUCCGUAGUGCCCCCCUUGGGCCCGCUGUCGAAAGCCGCGGCGGCAGAAGUGCGAAGCUCCGCAGCCACUGAGAGAAAGCUACCCUCGUGGCAGCGGCUGCGGAGCGGGGGGGGGGGCCGCUUGCGCCAGAGCGUGGCCGCAGUCUCGGGAGACGCCUCGAACUCGACGGCAACACGAUGCCUGGCGGGGCCCUUAGUCUUGCAGGGGCCCACUGCUGCAGGCUCCGGGGUGGCCAGUGGACUGCGCGGUGUCUCGAGCAGCGCGGCUGGGCUGGGGAACGCUGUGCAGCAAACUUUGGGCCGAGGCGAUGGCUGUCGGCUCAGUGGGAGACUCGGGCUGCUGUCUGGCCUCAGGGCAGUGUAUGCGGAAGGGGGCUUUAGGGGCCUUUACAGAGGAGCCGGCGCCGUGGUGGCUGGCUGUGUGCCUGCGCACGCGUGUUACUUCAUGUCCUAUGAAGCGGUCAAGGAACGCAUGAAGAUCAGGGCCCGUGCCCGUCAGCAGCAGCAGCAGCAAAAGUUGGCGGCUUCGGCGGCUGCAAACGGGGGAGACUCCAGUAGUGUAACAGCUGGGGCAGCAGCCACUCCCACUGGGUGUGUUAGCCUCCAAAGCGGCUGCCGUACAGAGCCCACAGGCCCGGGGCAGUGCUCUGGGGAAGUCUCCCCAGAGACGCACGGCCCGUGGUUGACUCACGGCGAGCUGCUGGCUUGUGGCGUUUGUGCGACGAUGAGUCACGACCUUAUCCUCACCCCAGUGGAUGUUGUAAAGCAACGCAUGCAACUCGGAUGCUUCAGGUCCUUGGGAGACUGCGUUACUGCAACUUUGCGUCGCGAGGGGCAUCUGGCCUUUGUGCGUUCGCUACCAGUCUCUCUGCUCCUGAAUCUUCCUCACGGUGCAACGCUGGUUUACACCAAUGAAACCCUCAAGGGUCACCUUGAAGCCUUAGCGCCCUUCUCCCCCCACAGCCUGCCGCUCUACUUCUUCUGCGCCGGCGUCAGUGGCGGUGUGGCGGGCCUUAUAUCGAAUCCCUUGGAUGUCGUGAAGACACGCCUACAGACUCAGGACUGCGCUAUUCGAGAGUCGCGGGCUUUUCUGGCCGGUGUGAAGGAGGCAGGGAGCUGCAAGCUAGGGCCGUGCACGCCCAAGUAUCAAUCAUUGUUGGGGACCAUCCGGACGAUUUGGCUCGAAGAAGGACUGCAGGGGUUCUGGCGGGGAGUCAGCAGCCGCGUUUGCCUCAGCAUUCCUGCAACAGCAAUAUGCUGGGGAUCCUACGAGACCUUCAAAUUUCUUUGGCAUGCAUCAGCUGGGGGCCAUUGA